CCUCGGGCAUAUACCUCCUUGGGACGGGCAUCCGUGUGAUGAGAAGAACAGCCAUGCAUAUUAAGAUAAGUCGUUAUAGCCUCAUCCUGACAAAAGCUCAUCGGCCUCGCUCGAUUCAGCCCCAACUGGAGGUGGUGAGUCGGCAGCCAAAUAGCUCCAGCUUCCGAAGAUGGAGUAGUUGCCAAACUCCUCGCUCACCACGUUUUGGUCGAACGAUUUUUUCCGGGAUUCAACCCACAGGCGUGCCGCAUCUGGGGAAUUACCUGGGUGCCCUAAGAGAAUGGGUGAGGUUACAAGAUGACGCGAGUGAUGGGACGAGUUUAUACUUCUCCAUAGUUGACCUACAUGCAUUGACGGUACCACAAGAAAGCGCCCGGCUGAGACAAUGGAGACAAGAAUCACUGGCUACUCUAGUAGCUGUUGGCCUUGACCCCAAUCGCUCAACUAUAUUCUACCAAAGCUCUGUAGCAGCACAUGCGGAAUUGUUCUGGAUCCUGUGCACUGUAGCCUCUAUGGGAUAUUUGUCACGAAUGACUCAAUGGAAGAGCAAACUCCAGUUACCUGAAGACACGACUUUAGAUACUUCAGAGGCCAGGUCAAGACUGCGACUCGGCCUUUUCUCGUAUCCCGUUCUUCAAGCUGCGGACAUACUAGUACAUAGAGCUACACAUGUUCCCGUCGGAGAAGACCAGAAGCAGCACCUUGAGUUUUCCAGAAACAUAGCAAACAGUUUCAAUCACGUCUAUGGCACAGUGUUUCCAUCCCCCGAGUCACUUAUAUCACCUGCAAAACGAGUCAUGUCUCUCAAAGAGCCAACCUUGAAGAUGUCGAAAUCUCAUGUAGACGAACGGUCGAGGAUCCUUCUCACUGACUCACCUAGCCAGAUCCAUAAAAAACUUAAAGCUGCGCUUACCGACUCAGAAACAACAAUAACUUACGAUCCCUUUCGUAGGCCGGGUGUCUCUAAUCUUCUGGAGCUUCUCGGCCACUUCGAGGGAAGGUCGUGCGAAGAGUUAGCUUUGGAGUUCCAGUCAACCAGUCUGCGAGCAUUUAAGGAAAACCUCGCCCAUAAAAUAUCCAAUCACCUGCAGCCUGUAAGGGAAAAAUAUUUUUCGCUCAUGGAGGAUAAGACUGGCUACCUGGAGGAUAUAUCAGAAAAGGGUGCUCGAGCCGCUCGAGCCAAUGCUGAGCUGACUAUGACAAGAGUCAGAGAAGCUAUGGGUUUGUGAGGGUACAUUCUGGUGCGACAUUCCGUUACGCCUUUCCAUUACGCCGUCGCUGUUUGCGCACUUAUUUCUCCAAUUUCUAGUCCUCCCCAUUUCUCCAGAUGUACAUAACCUUCCGGUGAACUAGCCGUGCUGGCAGGAUUGUUGGCAAAAGGGAUUGCCAUGUGUUACUAAAUUAGAUUAUAUUUUGAACCGUGCCAGGAGAUGCCGGAGCAAUAACCGACGACCAUUUGCCCCACAGUUGUUGUAAGGCUCUUGUGACUUGACACUGUGUGUUCAAGCGAUGAGUGAUGGCACGUCUUUUAGGCUUCAGGAUUUCGAGUUUCCGGUUAACGCAGGGCCAGAGCACGUGUUUCAUCGCUGCUGCCUAUGUCAGGAUGCUACAGCGCUACAAUGCAUAAAGAUAGAAAGGCAG